CAGGGCCGGAGGGGAGGGUCGUCUCCCCCAUCCCCCCGCGGCCGUGGGAUCCCCGGGGGUCGUGGCCCCCUGCCUCCUGAGCCCCCAGUGCCCUCCACCCCCCGCCGAUGGCCGACGACCCACCGGGAGCUGCCAAGAGGGGAGAGAUGGCUCCUGGGACACAUAUGAGCCCUCGGCGUUGCUGACGCCCCCAAUGUCGUCGAGCGGCCGGGGACCGGGGGCCGGAGCGCGCCGACGCCGAACCCGCUGCCGGCGCUGCCGGGCGUGUGUGCGCACUGAGUGCGGGGACUGCCACUUUUGCCGUGACAUGAAGAAGUUCGGGGGCCCCGGGCGCAUGAAGCAGUCGUGUCUGCUCCGCCAGUGCACCGCGCCGGUGUUGCCCCACACAGCUGUCUGCCUGCUGUGUGGGGAGGCAGGGAAGGAGGACACGGUGGAGGGAGAGGAGGAGAAAUUCACGCUGAGCCUCAUGGAGUGCACAAUCUGCAAUGAGAUCGUCCACCCGGGCUGCCUCAAGAUGGGGAAAGCUGAGGGUGUCAUUAACACGGAGAUCCCCAACUGCUGGGAAUGUCCUCGCUGUACUCGUGAAGGCCGGACCAGCAAGGACUCGGGGGAAGGGCCGGGCCGACGAAGGGCCGACAACGGAGAGGAAGGGCCGGGACUGGGUGGCGGUUGGAAGCUGACGGAGGAGCCGCCCCUUCCCCUCCCCCGCCGCAAAGCGCCGCCCCCCCCGGGGGCCCCCCAGGAGGACGGACCCGGACCCCACAAGCGGAAGGAGCGAGAGGCCGGGAGUGAGCCCCCCACCCCUAGGAAGAAGGUGAAAGGAGGACGAGAGAAGCACCUAAAGAAAAAGCCGAAGCCCCCUUCGGCGUCCCCCGAAGGCCCGGCGGCCCCGACCCCGUCGCCCCAGCGGGAGAAGCUGGAGCGCUUCAAGCGCAUGUGUCAGCUCCUGGAGCGGGUGCCGGACACCUCGUCGUCCUCCUCGGACUCGGACUCGGACUCGGACUCGUCCGCCACGUCCCUGAGCGAGGACGAGGCCCCCGGCGAGGCCCGCAACGGGCGGCGGCCCCCCCGGGCCAACUCGGGAGAGAAGGAGAACCGAGGCGGGCGGCGGGCCUGGCGGCCGGGGGGGGGGGGACCCUUGCUGAGCUGGCCCCUGGGGCCGGCCCCGCCGCCGCGGCCCCCGCAGCUGGAGCGCCACGUGGUGAGGCCCCCGCCCCGCAGCCCCGAGCCCGACACGCUGCCCUUGGCGGCGGGGCCCGACCACCCCCUGCCCCGGGCGGCCUGGCUCCGGAUCUUCCAGCACCUGGGGCCCCGGGACCUGUGCGUCUGCAUGCGCGUCUGCCGCACCUGGAGCCGAUGGUGCUACGACAAGCGCCUGUGGCCCCGCAUGGACCUGAGCCGGCGGAAAUCGUUGACCCCACCGAUGCUGAGCGGGGUGGUGAGGCGACAACCCCGGGCCUUGGAUCUCAGCUGGACCGGCGUCUCCAAGAAACAGCUCAUGUGGCUCCUCAACCGGCUGCAGGGCCUGCAGGAGCUGGUGCUGUCGGGCUGCUCCUGGCUGUCCGUGUCGGCCCUGGGCUCGGCCCCCCUGCCCGCGCUGAGGCUCCUGGACCUGCGCUGGAUUGAGGAUAUCAAGGACUCCCAGCUCCGGGAGCUGCUGCUGCCCCCGCCUGAUACCAAGCCAGGUCAGACAGAGAGCCGGGGCCGGCUGCAGGGGGUGGCCGAGCUGCGGCUGGCCGGCCUGGAGCUGACGGACGCCUCCCUGCGCCUUCUAUUACGUCACGCCCCCCAGCUCAGCGCCCUGGACCUCAGCCACUGCGCCCACGUGGGAGACCCCAGCGUCCACCUCCUCACGGCCCCCACCUCCCCGCUUCGCGAGACCCUCGUCCACCUCAACCUAGCAGGUUGCCACCGCCUCACGGAUCACUGCCUCCCGCUCUUCCGCCGCUGUCCCCGCCUCCGCCGCCUGGAUCUCCGUUCGUGCCGUCAACUCUCGCCCGAGGCCUGCGCCCGCCUGGCGGCGAGCGGGCCCCCCGGCCCGUUCCGCUGCCCUGAGGAGAAACUGCUGCUCAAGGACAGCUAGUGGGGGUGCCCCCUGCCUCCCCCCGGGACUUGAAGCCACCUCAGGACUCCUGCCUUGUGGCUUUGUCUCCACCGCCCCCAUCCCUCCUUCCCCCCCGGGUGGCUGGGUCUCCCCACCUUGUCGGUUGGUAUCCCGCUUUGGUGACCGUUUUCCACCUUGGGGACUCAAGGCUCUUCCCUCUCCCUUUCUCCUUCUCCUCCACACGCCACCGCCCCCCCCCCCCCUUGCACUGAUAUCCCGGGGGUUCCCGUUUCCCUCUCCCCACCUCCCAUCUUGUUCAUAGUCUGUCCUCUUGGGGGGAGAGAGGCAGAGGUACCGAAGGGGUUGAGAGAGCUGAGGG